AAGGGUUUUUGUUCGCGAGGCCGACGGGGAAGCAGAAAAGAGGUGUCGCUUCGGAAGGGGGGCGUGGCCUGGAAGGCUAGGCGGAGGAGGCGGGGCUUAACCCGUGACGGUUUGCGAGGGGUGGGAGAGAAGGAGUCUGCAGAAAGCAGCUGUCUGGGCCGCACAAAAUGGCGGAGGGCGACAAUAGGAGCACCAACCAGCUGGUGGGUGAGCGCUGAUGCGAAGCACAUUGGGUGGGCGGGGGGCGAGUUGAGGCCCUCACUUCCCUCAAGAAGUGGGAAGGAAGGAAGCGGGGGUGCUUCCUUGGGCUGUAUCCUGCGAGGAGCAUCUGCGGAGGGGCGCUUGUUUUUACGCAGGAAGAGGGAGGGGCUGGCUCUUCUGUGCAUGGAGAUGCACGUCUUGCAAGGCUGCCAUAGCGGCCUCUUCACCCCCACUCCCAGCCCCGCCAUUCCUAUUCUGCGUUAUUUUAAAGUGGGGUGGGGGUGGGAGGUUUGCGCCAUUUGUGUAGCUCUUCCUUUGAGGGGUGGAGGCAGCGAACUGCUUCAUAGAGUAGAGGGGGCUGCAAGGGGCGAAGUGAGGAAACUUCGAAAGUAUAACAGGCACACCAAAUAAUCUUAUGGCGCUUUUCAAGACUUAGCUUACUGCAAUGCAGGGGGUUGGGCUGGAUGACCCUCGGGCCCCUUCCGACGCCACAAUUCUGCGAUUCUAAGACCCGCAGAUUUUUGAUGGCAGAAGCUUUUGUGGACUGAAGGCUGCUUCGUCGGAUGCACGAAAUGGUUGUUUGAUGGUGUGUGUAUUAAUGUCUUCUUUCACACACACGUUACCUAUCAGUAUGUGUAUAUUUGUAUUAACACUCACCUGUGUUUAAAUAGAUAUGUGUGUGUGUCUAUAUAUACACACACAUAUGGAUGGAUAAUAACAUUUAGUGCGUUUGAUUAAUGGGGUUUUAGCCUGUGAAGCUUCUGCCACCAUAAGCCUUAAAGGUGCCCCAAGGUUGUUUGUGUGUUGGCUGUAUGAAACUGUCCUUCUGGAACUUAAAUAACACCCCACGGUCUAGUCAUGUUUACUCAGAAUGAAGGCCUGAGUAAAUUGGGUUUAUUCUAAGGUAAAUAUGCCACCUCAAAUUUCGCCUUUUGAGAGUUGUGGAAGGAUCCAAAAUCAGGAGAGAACCCAUUAUAUUUUGCUGAUGCACAAGGUUUUAGAAGCUGGCAGAGGCAGCAGUAGUGUUUUGUAGGAACAUGGGAUCAGAAUUGCAGAGCUGAAAGGCAAAAUAGCCUUCUUACAAAUGGGUAGGGAUGGAGGCUUUUCUUCCCACCAAAUAAUACAUUAAAAAAUAUUCUAGGCAAGCCAUCUUGAAAAAGAUCAGGUUUCAUUUUCCGGUUUCUCCAGUAGGACUCUGCUAUGUCAUCUGCCUUUGUAGUAUUAGAGACACACCUGGCCAGCCUGCUUAUGCUAAUAGGAGCAGAAAUAAGCAGGGUGCUUUGUUUAGGCUGUCAAAGGAGCUGCAGCGCUUCAGGGAUAGGUGGUUGAAAGUCAGGUGCACAGCACUGAGCAUUAUGGUUGAUGAACAGAGGAGCGCAGAUACUGUGUGUGCCUUUUCUUUGAGUUUGAAAUGCAGAUCAUUUGUAUCCACAGUGUUAUCUGCUACAUUUUUCACUAUGUCAUAUGCUUAGUACACCCUGCUUUUUGAGUUGAAGACAGUGCACUUGAGUCUCCCCCUGUUUUAUAAUGGCCCUAGGCAGCCACUGAGGCUGUGUGCGCAUAGAUGGCCCAAUAUAACUUGAGUGAACUUGAUGGGAAGGAGAGACUUUAACCCAGGCAGAACAACAGUUUAGUUUGUCUUGUGACUGAAUCAUUUCAAAGACGUGAGUUAAGGGUAUGUGUGUGUGUGAUGGAAUAUUCACAGAUCUAAGCUUCAAGGGAAGAGAGAAAUGUUUAGAAACAAAAUUUAUUGGCUAGAACUCCCUAUAUCUUGCUGAUCUAGAAGGCCAUGUUAGGAAAUGGACAGAAAUUGAAGAACAGAAAUUAGAAUUCAAAAUAAGGAAGCAUUCAGUGUGUGUAGACCUCAGUGGCAGGUCUCUCCACCCCCCCCCCCAUGGUUCAUUAUGAAAGUUUCACCUACGUACUAUUCACAAAUCUUCAGUUUAUGGUCCUGGGCUGAGACAGCAACCAGUACAAAACACAGCUGUGUAGGAUGUCCAAAGUAACAGUUAUUCAGAGUUGAUUAAAAUUUUGGUAAAUCCAAUUUUGCACACAGAACCUUGCAUAACAUUUAACACUGUUAGGAUAAUAAAUAAUGUAAAAACAGUUUAAUUUCAAAUAUAUAUUGCUAGCAAAAAAAAGAAAUUAAAUAUUUUGUUUAUAUUGAGUUACUUUCUCAUGCUGCCCAAGUUCAAGAUCAUAAGAUUUGGGUUCUCCAUAAGCCAGAUAAAUUUUAUCCUAAUAUCCAAGCUGGAAUCAGAACAAGUCUCAAAAUAAGGUCCUGGAGCACAGUUUUCACAGAAUGGUGCCAUAACAAUAAAGGGCAGGUAGAAUAGCUCUUUGUUAUGAAAAAUCCUAACUACUGGAUCUAGAGUUAUCAUUGUGGUUCUAGAAGAGGCUCCCGCUUGAGGAAUGUGGGAAAGACAAUUUCUGCCAAUUUCCCCUUUCCCCUCUGACCUUAAGGAAUCCCCAAACCUCUAGAGCAGCUUUUCAUUGGCUGCAGGAGGAAGGAAGAAUUGGUGUAAAUUGCAUCCACAACCCUUUUGCUCUAGCCAGAGCAUCCUGUUCUGCUCAUGGGAACUCUGGAUUGAAGUUUCAGUAUGUAGAAAUAUAUUCUAGGAAUAUGGCACUGUUCUCCUAGUUCGGAGUAACCAGAUAUUUUGUUGCAUGAUAGACAUAAAGCUUCAAAUUAAAAGGACCAGUUAAGAGGAUGCAGACAUAAAAAACUGAGUUAUAUUCUGUAAAGCAAAGUAAGGAUAAAGCUGUUAUAUUGUCUAACAUAAGAUAGCCUACAUGUCCAAUGAAGCAUAUGCAUUGUGUAAGCAUUUUUCUGCCUGGGGCAAUUACAUAUGUUAAAAUGCUUUUAUUCACAGGCUGCAGAGACAGCUAGCUUGGAAGAGCAGUUGCAAGGAUGGGGUGAAGUGAUUCUGGUGACAGACAAAAUCCUUCGUUGGGAAAAACCAUGGUUUCCACCUGCUAUGAUUGCUGUAGUUUCCUUCAUCUUUCUGUAAGUUAUUGGAGAGAAUGUUACAAAAAAUAAUAAUGCUAAAGACAGUUAAGCUAGUAGUUACUUUCCUGAAAUUCUCAGUACUGCUUUGCUGUAUAAAAAGUACAUGGGAAGUUUUAUGCAGCUGGAAAAACAAUCCUGCUAUAAACAAACCAAAUAUAUGUUCAAACUUGGGGGCAUUCCUAGUCAUUUUAUUUCAUAGAAGGGCCUAUUAAUUGGAAAUGAUAGGGAAGAGCAACAACUUUUUAUUCCUUCCAAACUUCCAUUUUCUCUCUCCUUCCAACCUACUCUCCCAUUGGUGAUUAUGCCAUUGCAGAAACUAAAUUGCGGCAUUAUUUCUCAACCACUGGCUAUGUUGGCUGGGGCUGAUGGGAGUUGGGUACUUCAAAAUAAAAUUUGGAGGCUACUUCUUCUCCACACCUCCUUUAAUCACAUUGUUAAAUGUUUUGCCACUAGAUAACAACAUUUUUCUUGCCCCAACAGGAUGAUCUACUACUUGGACCCAUCUGUUCUUUCAGGUGUUUCUUGCUUUGUUAUGCUGCUUUGUUUGGCUGACUACCUUGUACCUGCUCUUGCUCCUAGAAUUUUUGGCUCCAGUAAAUGGUAUGUUGUUUGACAGUCCCUUAAGUAUAACAUUUAGCAAGAAUAGAAUUGAACCAACAUAUAUUCAGUGCAUCAGUCCUGAACAAAAAUCGUUCUACCUAGUGUUCUGACAUACCUAGUGUUGUUCUACUACCUAGAGCAGGCAUAGACAAACUCGGCCCUCCAGAUGUUUUGGGACUACAGUUCCCAUCAUCCCUGACCACUGGUCCUUUUAGCUAGGGAUGAUGAGAGUUGUAGUCCCAAAACAUCUGGAGGGCCGUUUGCCUAUGCCUGACCUAGAGCAACAAUAUCUGUGUAUAUUAAAGGUUCGGUUGUCUCUUUUUUCUGUUUGAUACCUUUGCUUGUAUAAUUAUGUUUAGAAUGCAAGGUCAUUGAGGCAGGAACCUAUCUUUUCCUCCUGUUCCCAUCCCCCUUAUGUUACUCUCUACAGCGCCAUGCACAUUGAUAGUAGACUAAAAACAGAGCUGUAGUCUUUAAACCACUGGCUGUCAUGGAUUCUUGGGGUGUAAAUAUAUAUAAAGAUGUUGCCAUCUAACUGAAAGUUUUGAGACAGCUGAAGAACCUCUUUGCUGGAAAUGGUGAUUUGCUGAAAAGGACACAGAUUUGCAGUUAAUGGUAAAUUCUUCAUAAUAUCUGGUCAUUCAGAACACAUUUCAACUGCAAAUUAAUGCAAGUUUUAGUCCAUUAAAAUAUAUACGAUCUUCUUAUUGAUCACCCUAACAGUGAAUAGUUAUAGUAGAGAAUCAAAGAAAUAUAUAUUGUACAUAUAUGAACGGGACAUUAAAAUGGCAUCAAAUUUUGAACUGGGUGGCGGGAGGUCGAGAUGUUAAUGGUUGCUCAUGUGCAGUUUCUAAAGUGGAGGUGAGACCAUAAUAUCAAGAGUUUUGUUCAAAAUAAUUUCUUUAAAGGACUACUGAACAACAGCAGCGGUUCCAUGAAAUUUGUAGCAACCUGGUAAAAACACGGCGCGGAAUUGUUGGUUGGUGGAAACGUCUUUUCACAUUUAAGGAGGAAAAGCCUAAAAUGGUAAUAUAUGUGCUUCUCUGAAAAUGUUUCAUCCUUUUUGCAAAUUGGAUGUUGCUUUAUAAAUCCAUUCUGCAUUACAUAUACAAAAACAAAUGCUUUUGGUGACUGGCAUGUAUAUUUGUUUUUUAAAUGAAAAUCCCCUUUUCUUACCUAAAAUGUAAGUGCACACACCAUCUGAUCAGAGCUUUUUAUGGUAUCUUGAUUUGAGUAUUUGACACUUUCCCCCUCCUCCACUUUUGUUUCAGGCACUUUUUGGUUGUUGUUUUUUGCUUCAUAGUCUCUAGGACAGUUAUUGUAGUGGUAUGCAAAUAUAUUCCUGUCUUCAAUUUAUAACAUCGUCAUAAUGCAUUCAGCAAGCCAAUAACAAUCUAAGCUAAGCUCCUAAAACCUACCUGCUUGAAAUAAAUUUCCACUGAAGUGAAUGAGAUAUACUGCUAAGUGUGUUUGCUUGUUCACUCAUCCAUGCUAAAUCAAUAAUGCUGCUUUUAAUAGCAGCAGGGAAAGUACUUAGAGAGGUAACUAUCAUGCCUUCUUAACUUACUUUUAAGGACUACUACCAUUCUUAUUUCUCUUCUAGUACUUCAUGACAAUGCUCUGUUCCUUAGCUGUGAUUGCUUGGAUAGGACAGCAAGUUCAUAACCUCUUCCUCACCUACCUUAUUGGUAAGUGGUGCAGAAUAAUAUAUUGCUGUGUUUUUCCACAAUAGAGAAUGGGGGAGAUAUUUGUAGUUGGGAUGCCUAUAAUGAAGCAAUUGCAACAUAAAUUAGAUGAGUCGGUAUGGGGGAUGAAUUUGCAAAUGAACAUAGUUGGUGAUAACUUCUUCUUUACUCCCCUAGUGAGCUGCUUCUUGUUGUUUCCUGGGUUAAACAAGCACGGAAUAAUUUCAAAAUAUGCUGGAAUGGCAAAAAGGGAGGUCAACAAACUUCUGAAGCAAAAGGAGAAGAAAAACGAAUGAAACAUUGCUUGCUAAUUCACUCUAUAGUAUAAUUGUGUUCUGGGAACAAUUCAAUGAAUUAUUGUGUGUUUAAUAGUAUAGAAGUGCUUAUUUCAGUCAUCGCUUUUUUAUUUUAAUAAGGGCCCUUCUUGUGCUGUUUAAACAGGAACUGUAUGGUCCCUCAGUCACACACUAAUAGUCUUCUAACAUGGACAGUUAUUCUUACAGUAAGUGUGACUAGCAGCUUCAAUACUGUAAUAAGACUGAUCAGUAACAACUGGUGGUGGUGAACUGGGUAACAUUUUCCAUUCCUCUUGAGCAUUUUAAGGACCCUCUGGACUGUCUAGAUUUACUUCAAAAUGCCCUCUAGAUUAAAUUGCUAAACGUACAAUGUUGUAGGUGACAGGUGAUUUGAAUAAACAAAGCUCCUAAACUCUGAAUCCCAGUUGUAGUUGUAGCUCUGCAAUGCAACUUAAUUGCACUGAAACUGAAUGAAAAACUUAAGUCAGGAUGCACAGACAACUUCAUUGCUUCUAUUAUUUAAAUAGCUCUAGUUUUGGUGUUGUGAAACAUGUCUGUAGUUUUUAAAAAAUAUGGUCUUAUAUAAAAUCAUGUUGAAAAUACGUGAUGCGUCUGUCUUGCCAACAAGUCUCUGGAGUUAUUUGUGUUUUCUUAAUGCUAUUUUGUUUUUACUACACAUUUCUUAAGUAAAAGUUUGUAACCUGUUAAAAUGAUAGGCAUCUUAAAUUUCCGUUUAACAGGCAAAUUUCUGUCUUAAUUGUAAAUUGAUGAACAGUGUUAUCUUACGUUUGAAAAUAUAGACUUGAGAAAUCUUGAAACUUUUUUUGUUUCAUUAUUAUCUUUUUGACAAAAUGAGAUCCGCUGCUUACAUUACUGCCUUACAGAUGGUAGCUGCUUUUCAUUCUAAGUUCCCAACCUUUCAGUUUUCUCUGAAACACUGUAAUUCAGUACACAUUUUUUGUAAAUGUGUCUCAAAAGGACAAAGUUUUUAAGUUGCUCUUGUGAUAUAUUGCCUAUAGUGAAGCCCGAAAGGCCAUAACUGUGUUGGCAGCAUUGGCAGCAAGGGAUAGAAAGUCUUCUAACUAACACAAAUAUUAUUUUUAUCAUCACUCUCUGUUACUAAUUGGCUCUCAACAAUAAAAAGCAGUCUUUCUCUCUUCUCGCACAUCUAACAUUUUUGAAUGCUAGGGGUGGGAUGUGGCUCAUUUUUUACUGCCAUACUAGUAUGUAACAUGGUGCAGAUAACUUAUCUGCAUAAGGACACUAGGGUGGUGUUCAACACUUAAACAUGCCUAUGUUGGAUCUCUUGUGACAUGUGAAUCUUAGUCAAGGCAUUCUGUUUUUCCAAACAAAUGAAAAACCAUUUUUGGACUCAUUAGAGCAACCUCAUAAGAUCUCUGCCUUAGGAGAAGAAACAAAGCCUCUUACUAAGGCUAGUGAAAAGAGAAAUUCCUGAAGCAGGCUUUCUUCAGGAGGUGAAAGGAGCAACAUUACCUAUUACUGCUCCUUGGGUUGAAAUAUUUCGGUAUGCCAACUUAGUUAUCAUUGUAGUAAGUAUUUUCCCAUUCAUGAAUACCAUAUUUGACAUUAUAACUUCAGUUUGGACAUUAGAAGCAGCACACAAAUCCUGAGAAAGUGAGAACUUAUAGUUGCAAAAUGAAUUAUAUUUAGUCAUUGGAAGUCUGUGAUGGCAGUUCCUGUAUCUAGCAGUUAUGGGCACUAGCAACAAGAUGGUGAAAUAUAAAACUAUUUUGGAAUGAUUUAGUGAUAGCAUAAGUGACAGGAACAGGUUUCUUUCAAAAACACCACACUUUCCCAUAAGUCUUUGUGUGUUUGUUUUAGACAGGAUAACUAAACCAAUUUUACCUAGUUUGGGUAGGAGGGCAGUGUUUUAUGUGAAGGGAAAGCAAUGUUGUAAUAUGAUUUAGGAGGGAGCCAUGUAGGGUGGGAAGGUAGACUUGGAGGAAGGGGAAAUAAGUUCCAUGUACCAGCCUUUUUUUGGUUAAUGUUGCUGCUUUACUUUUGAUUGCGUUGAUACGUAAUGUAGAUGGAUAAUAAAUGUAUUAUCUAGAGAGCUAAAAGUUGAAUAAAAAUGUUAGUAGAAGAAAAAAAUGGCAAUUGUUGAAUGUGUAUGUAAGGCCCCCGUUUGCUUUUCUCAAUUCAUCUAACCAGGAAAAUAAAGUCAUAGCAAAAUUGGAGCUAACUUAUUGAUGUCUUAAGACACAAGUGGGCAGAAUUAAGUUUUGAACUUUCAAACAGAGCCAGAUGCAAAAUAGUGGCUCAGGAAUGCAGAUGUAGAAUAGCAUAACAGCCUUCAGCACAUACUCAGUUUAAAUUUAUUUUCCUUACCAGAUCUAGACCCCCCUUUUUUUAAAAGACAAAUCUUCAGUCUUCCCAGGCUUUCUUGAUUUGAGCUAGCUAGUUUAAGAGGAGAGAAGACUUUUGGUUAAUGGUGAUGCUCCUUUGCAAGCACAAACCAUUUAUGAGCUAACUGCCAAUCAUCACCAGAGAUCUACUAGUAGAUUCUACUCUACCAUCUGACUACCCCUGCCUCAAAAGGCUGCUGCUGAGGCCUUUAGGUUCCCCUCAAGUUUUCCUCCACUCUGUUGCAUAAUGUCAUCCUUUCGGUGUUGGUAAAACAGUCUGUUUAGGAAAUGCCUCAUGCCUCAACCUUGUGAGGCCGAAAAUAUUUCCACAUCUGCUUGAGACUUCCUUUUAUCCCUUCCUAAGAAAGUGGUUUGGCACCUUCUGAGGAUUUUCCUUGGUAACAUCUAUAUAAUGUCAUAGGGCCUAGCAAGCUGGGGAAUCUCAGGCCAAGCGGCCAAAUGCUAUCUCCCUGGACUUUGAACCGCCCCCCCGCCACACCCUCUCCCCUGGCACUGCUUCACACCCCAGUUAUUUUUGCCUGUCUCAGAUGUGUCACUGAACUUUCAUAAUGCCUCUUCCUUCUCUGGAUGGAAGAUGGAGAAAGAUUUGUGAAGUGCAUAGAAGCUACUGUACAGUACAAAGGUAAACUUUGGUUGUCGAUUUUUGCAAGCCCCUCUUAGGAGACUUUAUGCCUAAAGGGCCACAUAUAAAUGCUGUUAAUAAAUAAUGUUAACCUUU